AUGUUUCUCUCAAUCAAUGUCAUUCUAAUGUUAUGGGUUUCCACUGUUGGAGGAGAAGUGGGACUUUGUGAUUUUCCACAAAUAAACCACGGAAUUCUGUAUGAUGAAAAGAAAUAUAAGCCAUCUUUCCCAGUUUCUACUGGGAAAUUUUUCUACUACUCCUGUGAAUAUAGUUUUGUAUCUCCAUCGAAAUUAUUUUGGACUCAAAUAACAUGCACAGAAGAAGGAUGGUCUCCAACACCAAAGUGUCUCAGGCUGUGUUUCUUUCCUUCUGUGGAAAAUGGUCAUUCUGUAUCUUCAGGAAAAACACACCUGGAAGGAGACAUAGUACAAAUUUUUUGCAAUAGUGGCUACAGCCUUCAAAACAAUGAGAAAACCAUCUCAUGUACAGAAAGGGGCUGGUCCACUCCCCCCAUGUGCAUUUCCACCAAAAGAGAAUGUCCUCUUCCAGUUUUAGAAGCAAAUGUAGAUGCCCGUCCAAAACAAGAAAAAUAUAAAGUUGGAGAUUUGUUGAAAUUUUCCUGCAGACAAAGACUUAAAAGAGUUGGACCAGAUUCAGUUCAGUGCUACCAGUUUGGGUGGUCACCUAACUUUCCAACAUGCAAAGGGCAAGUGCAAUCGUGUGGUCCGCCUCCUCAGCUCCCCAAUGGUAAAAUUAAGGAGAUACAGAAAGAGGAAUACAGACACAGUGAAGUGGUGGAAUAUGAAUGCAAUCCCAAUUGCACAAUGAAGGGGCCUCAAAAAAUACAAUGUAUGGAUGGAGAAUGGACAAUUUUGCCCACUUGUGUUGAAGAAACAAAAACAUGUGGAAAUAUACCUAAACUCGAGAAUGGCUACAUCCAGCUCUCAGUCCCUCCCUAUCAACACGGAGUGUCAGUGGAGUUGAGUUGCAGAAAUAAAUAUACAAUGAUUGGAAAUAAUACAAUCACCUGUAUUAGUGGAAUGUGGACAGAGCUUCCAAAGUGUGUUGCAACACACCAGGUUAAGAGGUGUGAAAGACCAAGGUUUUAUUCGAGAAUGUUCAUCGUACCAUAUUUGAAUGAAUUUAAUCAUAGUGCCAGAAUAAAUUACAGAUGUCUUGGGAAUCCCAGCUACAUGCAAGCAGUCUGUGUAAAUGGGAAGUGGGAGCCUGAGCCAGACUGCACAGGUAAGAUUUGAAAAAAACAACUCUGCCCACCUCCACCUCAGAUACCUAAUGCUCAGAAUAUGAUAACGACUGUGAAUUAUCAGGAUGGAGAAAAAGUAGCUGUUCUCUGUAAAGAAAAUUAUCUACUAUCAGAGACAAAAGAUGUUGUGUGUAAAAAUGGACGAUGGCAAUCAUUACCACACUGUUUUGAAUCUGCACAAUCCUGUGGGCCCCCUCCACCUGUUAGCAAUGGAGAUAUCACCUCUUUCCCCUUACAAACCUACCCUCCAGGAUCAACAGUUAACUACCGCUGCCAGUCUUUCUAUGAACUCCAGGGCUCCGCAGUCAUAACGUGCAGCAAUGGACAGUGGUCCCAACCACCAAAAUGCCUAGAUGCAUGUGUAAUAUCAGAAGAAAACAUGAACAAAAAUAACAUACAGUUAAAAUGGAAAAGCAACAAAAGAAUAUAUGUAAAAACAGGGAACAUUGUUGAAUUCGCCUGUAAAUCAACAUUCAAAGCAAAAACAUCAGUGCAGUCAUUCCAAGCAAUCUGUAAGGAAGGGAAAUUUGAAUAUCCCAUAUGUGAAUGA